CAAAAACGAGUGAUAACUUUACCAAAAUUCUUUAUUUUUUUUGCUGAAAUAUGAACAAAUUGUGCUAUUUGUGCACACAACAGAAGGCGGAUGACAGCAUUGGGCACAUCGACUUGGCUUCAGAUGAGGCCAAAAUGAUGCGAUUGAAAGAAAUCAUUGAAAAGCAUUUUUGGCUUAGGAUUGACAAUGAUGCUUUGGACGAUUCAUUUGUGUGUGGCCCAUGUUGGGAGCAAUUGUUGCUAUUUCAUAAUUUCUAUGAAAAAGUGGAGCAAGCCCACAAAGUUCUGCAGGCGAACGCGCCAAUGGUAAAAUGCGAACAACCCGAGAGGGAGAAGGAGAAACCCAGGGAAAGCGUGGCGGAGGCAGUGAAAACCCGCAGACGUGGACGUCCUCGCAAAGCCUCGGCCAUUGAGGUCAAAGCCAAUGAAGAGGAGCUUAAGGCUGUGUUGGAGCAGAUCAAUUUAAAUGAGAUUAAAAUUGAAUAUCCCGAGGCCGAUUUAACCAUGGCCGAUGUACUAGAAGAUGAAGAGGAUGAUGAUGAUGAAGCGGCGGAUGAUGUUGAUGAGCACGACAACGAAGAAGAGUUUGAGCACGAUGACGUCAACAAUAAUACAGAGUCCGAGGAGGAAGAACAGGAGGAGGAGGAGGAUUUAAAGAUAGAGCAAAAGCCAAAAUCCAAAAAGCAACAAGUCAAAAAAGUUGCCAAAAAGAAGCGUGGUCGACCCCGUGGCUCAGUGCGUGGACGAGUCGCCAAGAGACCCAUGACAGCCACUGGAGUAACCAUCAUAGAAAAGUCGCGAGAAUUUAACGAAUAUCUACGUGAACAUUACAAAGUUCAGUGCAGCAUUUGCAGCAAGCCACAAGAAGGAUUUUCCGAACUUUUAGUUCAUAUGCGGCAAGAGCAUAAGCAACGCGGUUAUGCCAUGUGCUGUAAUCGAAAGUUCUACAAGCGUGGUGUUCUGGUUGAUCAUUUGCAGCAUCAUCAGAAUCCUGAACUAUUCAAGUGCCACAUCUGCAAUCGGGUAAUGGGUCAAAGACGCAGCCUAGAGUUGCAUAUGCGUAUGCAUGAGGUCAAGGAGAGAGGUCGUCUCUAUCAAUGCGAUGUAUGCAUGAAAAGUUUCUACAGCCUUAAAGUGUGUGAUCGCCACAAGCUCACCCACAUUCCCAAGGAACUUUGGAACGAUGAGUGUCCCACUUGCGGCAAGACCUUUCCCAAUCGUUAUACCAUGCAGCAGCAUGUGAAACUUGUCCACUUGAAUCUCUAUUGCAAAAUGUGCGAAAUCUGUGGCAAAUCUAUACGAGGUCGCGAAGCAUUAGCCCGUCAUAUGGAGGAGCAUGCCGGUGCUCCGCAAAAGGUGAUCAAAUGUGACCUCUGUGACUCCAUAUUGACCAAUAAAUACGGUUUGGCCCGUCACAUUAAAAUGAUGCACACGGAGGAGAAUUUGCAACCCAUGCAAUGUGAAUAUUGUUUGAAAAUCUCACCUAGCUUACAAUCCCAUCAGCAUCACAUUAAGUAUACGCAUAAGACGGCCAGAACUCAUCAGUGUCCCAUGUGUGAAAAAGCCUUCAAGAGACCCAACGAACUAAAAGAACACAUGACCACCCAUACGGGUGAAGUGCUGUACACGUGCCCCCAUUGCACCCAGACCUUCAACUCAAAUGCAAAUAUGCAUGCCCAUCGCAAGAAAAUGCAUCGUAAGGAAUGGGAAGAGAAUCGUCAACAACGUAUGGCCAAAAAUCGAAAGUCCGAUUCAAUUAUUGCCGUCAGUGUGCGCAAGACAACGGAAGCCAGAGGCCAAAAUGAUGAGAAAAACGAUGAUAUUGACGAAGAGAUGACAACCAACAGUAUGGAGUUUUGAUAACAAUUUUAGGAUUAAAGGUUAACCAUUGACAUAAUUUUUGA